AUGUCGGCGCGGAGGCGGACCUUGCUCAAAGUGAUCGUACUGGGGGACAGCGGGUGCGGCGUGCCCUCUUUCUUCAUUUUCUUUUUUUCUUCUGAGGAAUUUACACAGGAUUUAAGGACUGUACAGUGUCUUGUUUAUUGGAUUGUUCUGGUGCUUAGGGUUUUGCUGAUGCGUUACUUGCAUGAUUUCGCUGUUUGAUUUUCUCAUUUUUGGUUUUAUUUCCCAGGGUGGGUAAGACGUCUUUGAUGAACCAGUAUCCCCCAAGCAUUGGGUUACUUGCUUCUGUGUCAUAGUGCCUUUUCUCUUUAUUUCCAAUAUGGCAGGCAUUUCAGUUUGAAUGUUCUUCUGGUGUCUUCUUGGUUGUUGUAACACGUUUUCUCUUGCCUGUUCUGACUUUUUUUUAGCCUUACUUUCUUUUUCCCUUUUCUGGACAACUACAUCUCGCUUUUUAAGCUUAAUUGGAUGUACGGUCUUUGCCAAUAUGGAGAAAAUUUUGGGAGUGGCCUUGCUUCAUAUGAUUUCCCCCGAUUUAUAUUACGCCGCAUCUCUUGUGUUACCGUCAUACGUUGUCCUUCCUAGUUGUUUUCCUGUAUAGUUAUCUGCUGUGCAAGUGUAUAUAUUUGUGUAUAUUUGUGCAGCCUUUUGUGCCAUUUGGAUCCUUAACUCUUCAUAGAUAUGUUAACAAGAAGUUCAGUCAGCAGUACAAAGCCACCAUUGGUGCUGACUUUGUCACAAAGGAACUUCUAAUCGAGGAUAGACUUGUAACUCUGCAAGUAAGCUCUUACUGUUCUUCAAAUAUCCUUGCCUAGCUUCUUAUACUCAUCAAUUUCCUAAAAUUUACUUGUUGCAUGAUAGAUCUGGGACACAGCAGGUCAGGAAAGAUUCAGGAGUCUUGGUGUUGCCUUCUACAGAGGGGCGGAUUGUUGCAUCCUUGUCUAUGAUGUUAAUGUACUCAAGUCAUUUGACACUCUUGAUACCUGGCAUGAUGAGUUUCUAAGCCAGGUAAUGAUCAUUCUAUUUCCUUUUUCCGAUUUUUAUUUGGGGGUUUAUUCAUUCUUUCAUUGUUCUUCUUGUGAUAAUUUAGAGCCCUUUGAUAGUUACCUAUGUUUUCUUCUUCGUAUGACUUUUUUUCUGUGUUCCUUUAGCUACAAUCGAAACCUUUUAACAAAAAAAGCAUUCAAAAGUGAAACCGUGUGACUUGUAUCAUUUCCUACUGUCAAUUUAGAACUACCAAGUAGCAAAAGGUUAGAUGAACAUUAUUAAGUCAUGAUGUAAAUCCUCAGGUGGAAAACGACUGUAGACAGCUAUCCUUCUCGGUUACUCAACUCUUUUGCUACCUUUACCAGUAGAACAUAGUUAAAUUUAAGGGAAAGACAAUUUUAUGCAAAGUUAGAUAGGUGGUUUCCUUUCCUCUACCAUUUCUUCUACGGAUUGAGCAUGAAGACAUCCUACUUUAUAUAGUCUUUGUUAAUGUACUGCAUUGUACGGAAUAUUUUUGGAUUUUUCAGCAAGCCAGAUCUACGCUUUUGGUAUCAUUCUUAAAUUGAAGAGAAGAUUUGUUAAUGAAUAAUCUUGUAAUUAUUAGAGAUUUUUUUGAAUCGUAGUAACUAGGGGAAACUGUUAGCUUUUCUUGUUAGAUCCAUACUUUGUGAUGAUAGCUUGACAUUAAUUAUCGUUUGAAGGUGUGGUCUGGAGGACGCUAAUGGACGAUGAUAGCUUCUGCAAAGAGAAAUUAUUACUUUAAUGACAGAAAUAGGAAAAAUCCAAACUAUGCUAAAUCUCACCAAAGGUGUCAGGCAUAUGGUUCUUGGUAAAAAAAAAAAGGCCAUUUAGUGAGCAUGACAUUAAACGAGAAGGAAAAUGAUAGCAGUCGUGUAUAAGUCAAAAAAUAUUUUUCACUGCCUUUUCAAUUCAUAAAACAAUCGCACCGCCUUUUACUCUGGUAUACUUGCAACCAAAGGAAACUCCAUAUUUAUGUGAAAAUGACAAUGAAAUUAUAAAUUGCCAGCUAGUAAUCUUUUUCAGUGUUUGAAGAUUACAAAUCAAUCAAAUUUUUGAACUUUUUACUGCGUGCAUUCUAGCAAUGAACUUGCAUAUGACAAUUUCAUCAAAAACAAAGUCAAAGGAUAAUAUGUGGACCUAUUUUUGUAGCGUUCCUGUUUUAAAAAUAAAAUAGGAAUAUACACCGCUUUCGCGUGCUGCCAAAAGUGCUUUGGCUCGAAAGUUGUCAGUUAACCCUUAUUCCACGUCUGUCUGGUUCGUCUCUGGUGAUGUAGGAAAAGAUGAGGUUUAAGAAAAGGGAGAAAGGGGAAUAUCUCAGCAGCUUGUUGUUCUUUCUGUGUAUACUAACGCUGUAGUUUUUUUAGUUUUUUUUCACUUAAACAAAGAAAGAGGAGGAAAAAGUGAAUUUUUUUUCUCAGUCAAGAUCUACACCGCUAUUUAUGUUCCCGUGCUUCUUCAUCCUUUUCUUCCAUGGUGUAUGAUUUCCUUUGAUGUUGCCAUCCUAUGAUAUUGUUUAAAACCAUUUUACGUUUAGAUUUGAGAAUUAUGACAAAAAAAUCAUGGGUUUCGUGCGUACAAAGCACUAAAGUGUGUUGAAGCAAAUGCACUUGUCGUUGUCAGAACAUGCGUAUGAAGAAUAUGCAAUUCGAAUAACAUUAUCACAUUGGUUUUGAACCUAUCUUAAUAUUCUAGCGGAAGAAAAUAUUAUUACGGCUUGUCUGGGUUGCUGAUCGGGAAGGGUAUCCCCUUUCACCGUUGCAUGAUUUAACUGAUUGAUGAUGGAUUGGACGAACCUGUAUUACGCUGGGUCCAACACUGUUAUGGGAUUGGGGCCUUCAACAAUCUUAAUACUAAUCCUGGGAUCAAUGUUUUGACCAUAGAUAAUCGUACAUAAAAAUUGUUACCUAAUGCUGAUUGAACAUCGAAACACUUCAGCACGUAUCACGUACCUAGAUUUUCUCCCCUUGUUAUUUUGUUAUAUUUUUAUGAUGUGCAUAUUCAUCUUAUCAUAUUAUGCUGCACUGCAGGCUAGCCCACCUGAUCCAAAGGCAUUCCCCUUCAUUCUUCUUGGAAAUAAGGUGGAUAUAGAUGGUGGGAACAGCAGAGUGGUGAGAACAUCAGAAAAUCUCCUUGCCUUCAUCUCAUGUUGAUAACUGUUGCAUAACUAGUUUUCUUUUUAAACUGUAGGUUUCAGAGAAAAAGGCUAACGAAUGGUGUGCUUCAAAGGGUGGUAUACCAUACUUUGAGACAUCGGCUAAAGAGGACUAUAAUGUGGACGCUGCCUUUCUGCGCAUUGCACAACUGGCACUAGCAAAUCAGCAUGAUAUGGAUAUGUACGCAUCUUUAUUUCUCAUUAUUUAUUUUCUUGUUUAAUUGAUGAUGUUUCAUAGUCUUCACCUGGUUUACAUUCUUCUUAACCCCAUGAAGAACCAAUGAACUGAUGUCAUUGAUCUUAUACUAAUUUCAUAUUUGAUCUACAUCUAUGUUCAUCGACAUAUUCUUCUCUAAAACCUUGGGUUCUUGUCACCACUUAUUAGGGGCACUUGUGGGCCGGCCAGGUAAGCCCGGCCUGGCCCAGCAUCUUUCUGUGCCAGUGUGGCAGGUCUAGCUUGGAAAGCUCAGUCCCUUUUUCCUUGCCACAUGAUUAUCCCACGAUUAUCCACGUGUCCUUAUCUCUUUGCUCCUACCCCCUGCCCCUCCCUCUCUCUCUGUCUCUCUCUUUGUCUCUCUCUCUCUGGGCUAGAUGCUCUUAAGCCCAGGCCUGCCAGAUAUGGGUGCGUAUGGAGGAGUAAGCUAAGCGGGCCUAUCUGGCAGGCCUGGGCUUAAGAGCAUCUAGCCCAGGCUACAGAGAGAGAGAGAGGGGAGCAAAGAGACAAGAGUGUGCCGCGUGGAUAAUAGUGGGACAGUCAUGAGGCAAGAACAAGAAGACUCUGGGCUUAAGAGCAUCUAUCUAGCCUGGGACUCGUCUAUGGGUUAUUCUUCAAGUGCAGACCUUGUUAAAGACGUCUAGGGUCGAACUGGGCUUUGCAAUCGACUCCUCUACCACCUACGCUGUCUUUCCACAUUCACAUUCCCCCUUACCCGCUCUUCUCUGCUGUGCUCUCUGCUGUCUCUGAUUCGAUGGGGUUCUAUUACUUUGCACUGUUCUAAUGCCCCCUUCAGUUUGGAAAUCAUUGACCAACAGCACUCCUUCAGACAUCAUCUUCUUCUGGCCUCCCCUAUUCUAUUCUCAUGGGCUACAUCCUACUGUCGUGCAGAUACUUUCAGACCAUCCCAGAAGCAGUGCCUGAAACGGAACAGAGGGGAGGCGGCUGUGCCUGCUGA